ACCAUCCCACUUCAGAGCCCAAAUCACCGAGCCCUUCUCUUCCUUCUCUCUUUCUGUCUUCCUCGCUGUUUGAGCUCUCUCUGUCGUUGCUUUGCUGUGGGUCGUCGCCGCUUCUCCUCACUCAACCGGUUCAAUAAUCGGUUCGGUUCUCGCAUGCUAGAAAUUCUGAAACGGCAUUCGGUUUUUUAGGAAUUUGAAGAGAGAUUCUGAAACCUAACCCUACGUCCGAUUGCGAAACAGUCAGCCAUAACCCAUAACCAUCAGUCGUCUCUUGUAUCGGUUGGAGAUGGAGUCAUUAUUGUACGCAGUUUCAGAAAAAGAUGCAUUUGCUUUCCCUGUUGCAGAAUUGCUUCGAUUAGGGAAGAACGAGAUCGAUAACUCGCAUCCCCCCUGUUCUUCCUGCGUCCAUUUGUGCCCAAUCAAAUUUUGGAAUGCAACACAUGCGCGCUUUCCAUCAUUCUAACAAAGCUUUCUUACUGGGCAAUGGUGAAUCCUGGGAACUCCACUGCCACAACAGCAAGCUACGCAGAUCAGAGCCUGACUUCAUGCAUCCACCACCGAGAUCUCUGAUCCUUAUUUCGUUGCAAAUAUUAGAGGCAACAUUUACUUGUUUGCACGCGUGCCCAGUUUAGGUUUUUGGGUUCUUAAAUCCGGGACAUGGGAUUCUUUGCCCGCUCCACCACUUUCUCCUGUUGAUCCAACACUCAGGCGCGCUUAUAAUCUUAAUUCUCCUUGGUGUCAAUGGUUCGUUUCUAAUGACAAGCUUUUCCUGCUUGCAUAUCAACCUGGAAAAGAAGAAAUAGUUGUCUAUGACCCCCAAAGUGACGUCUAGGAGAAAGUGGAGGACAAGGACACCCACUUCCAGUUAAGCUCAUUUGGUUUUGAUUCAAUGAGUACUAUCUCAGUUCCAGAUGUAGGCAACAAUUGCAGUGUGGCACUUACAUUUAGGGGGGAAAACAUUAGAGGAGGGGAAUUUGUAAACAUCAAACUAUAUGCUCUGCUGCUGGAUAAGCAAACUAACCUUGUCCGUUGCUGUCAAUCGCUUGACGAGUGUUCUAAUGAGAUCCAAGUCCAACAGUCCAAAGUUUGGUGGUAUUCCCCAAGCAUGAAAUGUGUUGACCUUGGCAAUGGCAUGGUAUGUGCUCUCAUCAUUGGGAGCACAAAAUUAAGGUGUCAUGCUGGUCUAGAACCUCUCCUUUGGAUAUUGGUAUUUACCCUAGCCUGGACACAAGAGGACCAAAGAUUCCUAUCUGUUGUUGAUGUUUCUGUGAAUCAAGUCUACACCAGGCACCUCGCCAAUCCCAAGGAGCCUGAUUGUCUGCACAGUGCCUUUAUUGUAACACCCAAGGAUUUUAGCACUGUAUUUGUGGAGCAGAAAGACUCACUGAAUUGGCCGGGUGACAAGACAAAGAAGGAUAGCUCUUCUACUGUGACAAAUCUUGAUCGAAUGGAAGCCGAACAAGAGAAUGAAGGCCAAGCUCAACCGCCACAAACAUACACCAUGAAGGACAUUUUGGGGGAACUUCAAAACAUGAAGAUUAUAUGGAAGGAAGAUUACCAAGUAUUGAAGCAAGUCUUGCAAGGCAACAAGAUGCUAUUGAUAAUCUCUGCACGCAUUUCGGGAUUCCGAAUAGGUGUGGCAUAAUCGCUGAACCGCGCACAAGUCAAGGUGACGAGCAAUGAAGAGAAAGAUGAUUGAUCAUUUUUGGUUUCACAUGAGGAUUUUUUUCUGAUCACUAUUAUUCUGAUCUAACAUUAGUAAGCAUAGAAUUAUAUAGCACUUAGCUUAUGUUUAGGAUUUAUAACUGGUGGAUUAUGGCUGUGAAUACUAUGCAUAAAAUCAUGAAUGUUCUUUUUAAAGAAUGACUUAAAUGUGUGGACUUGGUAUCUGUACACUUAUUAACUUUC